AUGGCCGCAAUGACCGACGCACCACCGCUGCUCACCUGGCGGCGCGGCGGCGGCGCCGCGCUCUUGGAAGAGAUCGACGCGCUCGUCGCGAACCACUGCGACGCGCACGCCUGCGCGCUGCGCAGCUUCGGCGACUCCUCCGACAAGGCGCACCGCGCCUGGUACCUGCAGCGCGAGGCCGUCGCGAGCGGCUUCGCGGACCGGCUCUGGGCCUGCUGCGCCGCGUGCGACGCCUGGGGCGUCACGGCGCGCGGCGGCGAGGCGCUUCGGCGCCGCGGCCGGCCCGCGCUGCGAUGCCUCGAGAUUUUGCGCUACGACGCGGGCGGCGGCGCGCUCGGGCUCCACGACGACGGCGAGACGCUGCUGACGACGAGCCUCAUGGUCUCGCCCGCCGGCGCCUUCGAGGGCGGCGCCGUCGAGGUCGCGCGGUGGCCCGGCCGCCUCGAGCGCGCCGACCCCGCGCGCGGCGACGUCGUCGCCUGGCGCGGGUGGGAGAAGCAUCGGGUCGCGCCCGUGACGCGCGGCGCGCGCGUCGUGGUCGUCGCCGAGUGGUGGGCCGGCCCCGACGCGCCGCGCGCGGACCGGCGCGCGCCCUCGACGGAGCCGCGGCUCCGCGCGGCGCUCGACCUCGACCCGGCGUCGCCCGCGCUCCUCGCGGCCGUCGCGCACCUCCGCGCGGCCGCGGGCGACGCCGAAGGCGCCCUCGCCCUCUACGACGCGAGCCUCGCCGGCGACCCGACCUGCGGCGCCGCGCGGUUCUCGCGCGCGCUCCUCCGGGCGCGGGCGCGCGACUUCGCCGGCGCGGAGGCGGACCUCGCGGCACUCGCACACGCGGGGGCGGCGGACCCGGACGUCCACGCCCAGCUCGGCGCGCUCCAGGCGCGGCGCGGCGCCGUCGACGAGGCCGCGGAGUCGUUCCGCCUCGCCGCGGUCGCGCGCGGCGGCGCGGGGACGUAA